AUGGCGCCGGGAAUCCUAGAGACGGACUCCACAGUCGUGGUUGAGAAGCUGACCAGCCUCUCUGCAUUGACUGAAGACUGGGAUGACACUAUUCGGUUCUAUCUCAACGGCACCAAGGUUGUGAUAGACACGAUCAACCCGGAAGUGACCCUACUUGAAUACCUGCGGGGUAUUGGGUUGACAGGUACAAAGCUUGGAUGUGCCGAGGGAGGCUGUGGUGCUUGCACUGUGGUCGUCUCCCAUAUCAAUCCUACAACGAAGAAAAUCUACCAUGCUUCCGUGAAUGCUUGUAUUGCCCCACUCGUUAGCAUUGAUGGUAAACACGUUAUCACAGUCGAAGGGAUUGGGAAUGUGAAAGAUCCCCAUGCUAUCCAGCAGCGAAUUGCAGUUGGUAAUGGAAGUCAAUGUGGUUUCUGUACUCCUGGAAUAGUCAUGUCUCUUUAUGCCUUGCUGCGAAACAAUCCGUCUCCUUCGGAACACGAUGUCGAAGAAGCCUUUGAUGGAAACCUUUGCCGAUGCACGGGUUAUCGACCUAUUCUAGAUGCUGCUCAGAGCUUCAACUCAACAAAUAACUGCGGAAAGGCCUCUUCCAAUGGUGGGUCGGGCUGCUGCAUGGAGAAAAAAGGCUCCGGUGGUUGCUGUAAAGGGCCUUCUACCAACAAUGACGAGAACGAGACGGUCGAUUACAAGUUUCCUGCGCCAGACUUCAAACCGUACAGUCCAGACACAGAACUGAUCUUCCCUGCUGCUUUGCGGAAACACGAAUACCGACCCUUAGCAUAUGGUAACAAGAAGAAGAAAUGGUACCGACCAGUGACCGUCGCGCAACUGUUGCAGAUUAAGAACGUCCACCCAGACGCUAAACUAAUUGGUGGAAGCACGGAGACACAAAUUGAGAUCAAGUUUAAAGCAAUGCGAUACGCGGCCUCCGUCUACCUGGGAGAUAUCCCCGAAUUGCGACAAUUUACCUUGCACGACGAUUGUUUGGAGAUUGGUGCAAAUGUGUCCUUGACAGACCUCGAACACAUCUGUGACCAAGCGGUAGAGAAAUACGGUGAAGCCAGAGGCCAGCCUUUCAAAGCGAUUAAGAAGCAAUUGCUUUAUUUCGCGGGGCGACAGAUCCGAAAUGUCGCUUCCCCUGCGGGUAAUUUGGCCACUGCAUCACCAAUCUCUGAUCUCAACCCGGUUUUGGUAGCCACCAACACUAUCCUCGUGGCCAAGUCUCUCGAAGGUGAGACCGAAAUUCCAAUGACCGAAUUCUUCCAGGGAUACAGAAAGACCGCCCUCGCCCCCAACGCAAUAAUUGCUAGCCUGCGCAUUCCAGUUGCGAAGGCACAGGGAGAGCACAUGCGAGCUUAUAAACAGGCCAAGCGGAAGGACGAUGAUAUUGCAAUUGUCAACUCCGCGUUACGGGUGACUCUUUCGGAGACCAAUGAUGUGGUCAGCGCGAACCUUGUGUUUGGUGGUAUGGCAGCUAUGACAGUUUCAGCGAAGAAUGCCGAGGCAUUUUUGGUUGGCAAGAAGUUCACAAACCCCGCAACUCUAGAGGGUGUCAUGAGCGCACUGGAGCAAGAUUUUAACCUGCCGUUUGGAGUUCCCGGUGGUAUGGCCAGUUACCGGAAGUCUUUGGCUUUGGGAUUCUUCUACAGAUUCUACUACGACGUACUUUCAGGACUCGAGGUCAAGGCUUCAGAUUUGGAUCCAGACGUUAUCGCUGAGAUUGAGAGAGAAAUUUCCACAGGAGCAAAGGAUCUUGAGACCUCCGUCGCGUACCAACAGAAGAUUCUUGGACGAGCCACUCCGCACGUUGCAGCGUUGAAACAGACCACAGGAGCAGCUCAAUACACAGAUGAUAUCCCUGUUCAACAGAAUGAGUUAUUCGCCUGCAUGCUUCUGUCUACCAAACCUCAUGCCAAGAUCCUUAGCGUUGACCCGUCUGCUGCAUUGGACAUCCCAGGUGUUGCGGACUACCCCAAGUCCGAUGAGCUUUUCUUUGCCGUUGAUGAAGUUACCACUGCUGGUCAACCCAUUGGUGUGAUCCUGGCAACUUCCGCUAAAAUCGCCGAGGAAGGUAUGAGGGCUGUCAAGGUUGAAUAUGAAGACCUCCCUAGUAUCCUUACGAUGGAAGAGGCCAUCGAGGCGGAGUCUUAUUUUGAGCACUAUCGCUUCAUCAAGAAUGGUGAUACCGAGGAAGCUUUCAAAAAAGCUGACCACAUCUUUACUGGAGUUUCGCGAAUGGGUGGCCAAGAGCACUUCUACCUGGAAACGCAAGCCUGUGUCGCAAUUCCAAAGCCAGAGGAUGGUGAAAUGGAGAUUUGGAGUUCUACCCAGAAUCCUACGGAAACACAAGCCUAUGUCGCUCAGGUGACAGGAGUAUCUGCGAAUAAAGUCGUAUCGCGUGUGAAACGGCUUGGUGGUGGCUUUGGUGGCAAGGAGUCACGAUCUAUUCAACUGGCUGGUAUUUGUGCCGUUGCGGCUACAAAACUGAAGCGACCCGUGCGAUGUAUGCUCAAUCGCGAUGAAGAUAUAUUGACUUCCGGCCAGCGUCACCCGUUCCUCUGUCGAUGGAAGGUUGGUGUGACCAAAGAAGGAAAGAUCCUUGCGCUUGAUGCAGAUGUAUUCGCCAAUGGAGGUCACACGCAAGAUCUUUCCGGUGCCGUCGUGGAGCGAAGCUUGUCGCACAUUGAUGGCGUGUAUAAAAUACCGAAUGUCAAUGUACGCGGCCGGGUUUGCAAAACCAACACUGUUUCAAACACAGCUUUCCGUGGCUUUGGUGGCCCACAAGGCAUGUUCUUCGCCGAGUCUUAUAUAUCAGAGAUUGCCGAUCAUCUGGAUAUUCCAGCCGAAGAGAUCCGGGCCAUCAACAUGUACAAGCCAGAUGAUAAGACGCAUUUCAACCAACCUCUCAAAGAUUGGUAUGUGCCGUUGAUGUACAAGCAAGUGAUGGAAGAGAGCUCUUAUAACGAGCGUCGGAAGGCUGUUGAGAAAUACAACGCGCAGCACAAGUGGUCUAAACGUGGAAUGGCGAUUGUGCCAACCAAGUUCGGUAUCUCCUUUACAGCUCUCUUCUUGAACCAAGCAGGAGCUUUGGUUCACAUCUACCACGAUGGUAGUGUUCUUGUAGCACACGGUGGUGUUGAAAUGGGGCAAGGCCUCCACACAAAGAUGACCAUGAUUGCCGCCGAAGCGUUGCGAGUGCCGCAGGAGAGCGUCUUUAUAUCCGAGACUGCAACUAAUACAGUGGCAAAUACCUCCUCAACCGCUGCUUCAGCAAGCUCCGAUCUCAACGGUUACGCCGUCUUUAAUGCAUGUGAACAAAUCAACGAACGCUUACGCCCCUUCCGAGAGAAGAUGCCCAAUGCCACCAUGAAAGAACUUGCUCACGCAGCUUACUUCGACCGUGUCAACCUCUCCGCACAAGGAUACUACCGUACCCCCGAUAUCGGCUACGUGUGGGGUGAGAACAGCGGCCAGAUGUUCUUCUACUUCACACAAGGAGUUACUGCUGCUGAAGUCCAAAUUGACACAUUGACAGGUGAUUGGACGCCUCUACGCGCCGACAUAAAAAUGGAUGUGGGUCGCAGUAUCAACCCCUCAGUGGAUUACGGUCAGAUUGAAGGCGCCUUUGUACAAGGACAAGGUCUCUUCACCACCGAAGAGAGUCUCUGGCACCGUGCCUCUGGUCAGAUAUUCACCAAAGGCCCGGGCAACUACAAAAUCCCUGGCUUCCGUGAUAUCCCGCAGAUUUUCAACGUGAGUUUGCUUAAGGAUGUGGAGUGGGAGAACUUGCGCACUAUUCAACGUUCCCGUGGUGUCGGCGAGCCGCCCCUGUUUAUGGGCAGUGCGGUCUUCUUUGCUAUUCGUGACGCCUUGAAGGCUGCACGUAAGCAGUGGAACGUGAAUGACGUGCUCUCUUUGGAGUCCCCUGCUACCCCUGAGCGUAUUCGGAUUAGCUGUGCUGAUCCGAUUAUUGAGAGGGUGAGAGUGCAGCCUAAGGAGGGGGAGAAGAGCUUCUUUGUUGCCAUAUAG